AUGGAAUCUCCCACGUCUUAUGAACCAGCUCUGGUUUAUGAAUGGAUUAUUCAGAUUGUUUCGGGUACACAACGCGAAGAAGCAUUGGUAGAAUUAUCACGUAAACGCGAGCAAUACGAAGAUCUUGCUUUGAUCCUUUGGCAUUCUUAUGGCGUUAUGACUGCAUUAUUACAAGAAAUCAUCAGUGUUUACCCACUUCUUAAUCCCCCUACAUUAACAGGACCGACAUCGAAUCGUGUUUGUAACGCGUUAGCUUUACUGCAGUGUAUCGCCUCUCACCCGGAAACCAGAAUCCAUUUUUUGAACGCUCACAUCACACUCUUUUUGUACCCUUUUCUUAAUACCCUAUCCAAGUCAAAACCGUUUGAGUAUCUUCGGUUGACCAGUUUAGGCGUCAUUGGUGCCCUUGUAAAAAACGAUUCCCCAGAAGUCAUCAAUUUUCUUCUCUCUACUGAAAUCAUUCCUCUGUGCCUUCGUAUCAUGGAGAACGGUUCUGAGCUCUCCAAAACAGUUGCCAUUUUCAUUGUCCAAAAGUUCCUGUGCGAUGACGUCGGCUUGCAAUAUAUCUGUCAAACCUAUGAAAGGUUUUAUGCCGUCGCUUCUGUUCUAAAUAAUAUGGUUUUGCAGCUUGUGGAUUCUUUUGCUUUCCGCUUACUUAAACAUGUUAUCCGUUGCUACCUUCGUUUAAGCGACAAUCCUCGUGCAAGAGAAGCUUUGCGCCAUUGCUUGCCUGAACCACUCCGUGAUGCCACUUUUGCCCAUGUGUUAAAAGAUGACCACAACACCAAGAAGUGUUUGGCUCAAUUGUUAAUCAACUUGUCUGACGUGGCUGUAGUAAAUCCCUAA